AUGGUUUCACUCCUCCUGCCCCUGCUGGUAGCCCUGGCCCAGUUCCCUGCAGCCUUAGCUGAUUUCUUAGAAGGGGACAGCUCAGAGGACCGUGCCUUCCGCGUGCGCAUUGGCGGCGACGCGCCACUGCAGGGUGUGCUGGGUGGCGCCCUCACCAUCCCGUGCCAUGUGCACUACCUGCGGCCGCCACCGAGCCGCCGGGCGGUGCUGGGCUCUCCGCGGGUCAAGUGGACCUUCCUGUCCGGAGGCCGGGAGGCGGAGGUGCUGGUGGCGCGAGGAGUGCGUGUCAAGGUGAGCGAGGCGUACCGCUUCCGCGUGGCGCUGCCUGCGUAUCCUGCGUCGCUCACCGAUGUCUCCUUGGCGCUGAGUGAGCUGCGCCCAAACGACUCAGGCAUCUACCGCUGCGAGGUCCAGCAUGGCAUUGAUGACAGCAGUGACGCGGUUGAGGUCAAGGUCAAAGGGGUCGUCUUUCUCUACCGAGAGGGCUCUGCCCGCUACGCUUUCUCCUUUGCCAUGGCCCAGGAGGCCUGCAUCCGGAUCGGAGCCCGCAUUGCUACGCCAGAACAGCUCUAUGCUGCCUACCUUGGGGGCUACGAACAAUGUGAUGCUGGCUGGCUGUCGGACCAGACUGUGAGGUAUCCUAUCCAGACCCCACGAGAGGCCUGUUAUGGUGACAUGGAUGGCUUCCCUGGGGUCCGGAACUAUGGCGUGGUGCAUCCAGAUGACCUCUAUGAUGUCUACUGUUAUGCUGAAGACCUAAAUGGAGAGCUGUUCCUUGGUGCCCCUCCAGAAAAGCUGACAUUGGAGGAAGCACGGGCAUACUGCCAGGAGCGGGGUGCAGAGAUUGCCACCACGGGCCAGCUGUAUGCAGCCUGGGAUGGUGGCCUGGACCGCUGUAGCCCAGGCUGGCUGGCUGAUGGCAGUGUGCGCUACCCCAUCGUCACCCCCAGCCAGCGCUGUGGUGGGGGUCUGCCUGGUGUCAAGACUCUCUUCCUCUUCCCCAACCAGACGGGCUUUCCCAACAAGCAGAGCCGCUUCAACGUCUACUGCUUCCGAGACUCUGCUCAGCCCUCUGCCAUCCCUGAGGCCUCCAACCCAGCUUCUGAUCCGGCCUCUGAUGGACUAGAGGCCAUCGUCACAGUAACGGAGACCCUGGAGGAACUGCAGCUGCCUCAGGAAGCUGUGGAGAGUGAGUCCCGUGGGGCCAUCUACUCCAUUCCCAUCAUGGAGGAUGGAGGAGGUGGAAGCUCCUCUCUGGAAGACCCAGCAGAGGCCCCUAGAACCCUCCUAGAAUUCGAAACCCAGUCAAUUGUGCCAUCUAUUGGGGCCUCAGAAGAGGAAGGAAAGGCAUUGGAGGAGGAAGAAAAAUAUGAAGACGAGGAGAAAGAGGAGGAGGAAGAAGAGGAGGCCCUGUGGGCAUGGCCCAGCCAGUUCAGCAGCCCAGGCCCUGAGGCCUCUCUCCCCACUGAACCAGCCCACGAGGAGUUGCCCUCCCUGGCAUCCCUACCUACAAGAACUGUCCUACAGCCUGGUGCAUCGCCACUUCCAGAUGGAGAGUCAGAAGCUCCUAGGCCUCCAAGGGUCCAUGGACCACCUACUGAGACUCAGCUCACUCCCAGGGAGGGGAACCUAGCACCCCCACCAUCUUACACUCCAGUUGGGGCAAGAGAGGUGGGGGAGGAAACUGGUGGUCCUGAGCUAUCUGGGGUCCUUCGAGGAGAAAGUGAGGAGACAGGGAGCUCGGAGGAUGCCCCUUCCCUGCUUCCAACCACACGGGCCCCUGAGGGUACCAGGGAGCUGGAGGUCCCCUCUGAAGAGAAUUCUGGAAGAACUGCCCCAUCAGGAACCUCAGUGCAGGCCCAGCCAGUGCUGCCCACUGACAGCACCAGCCGAGGUGGAGUGGCGGUGGCCCCCUCAUCAGGUGACUGUGUCCCCAGCCCCUGCCACAAUGGUGGGACAUGCUUGGAGGAGGAGGAGGGGUUCCGCUGCCUGUGUUUGCCUGGCUAUGGGGGGGACCUGUGCAAUGUUGGCCUCCACUUCUGCAGCCCUGGCUGGGACCCCUUCCAGGGUGCCUGCUACAAGCACUUUUCUACCCGGCGGAGCUGGGAGGAGGCAGAGAGCCAGUGCCGGAUGUACGGCGCGCACCUGGCCAGCAUCAGCACGCCUGAGGAGCAGGACUUCAUCAACAAUCGAUACCGUGAGUACCAGUGGAUAGGGCUCAAUGACCGAACCAUUGAAGGUGACUUCUUGUGGUCGGAUGGUGUACCCCUGCUCUAUGAGAACUGGAACCCUGGGCAGCCCGACAGCUACUUCCUGUCUGGAGAAAACUGCGUGGUCAUGGUGUGGCAUGAUCAGGGACAAUGGAGUGAUGUGCCCUGCAACUACCACCUGUCCUACACCUGCAAGAUGGGGCUGGUGUCCUGCGGGCCCCCACCAGAGCUGCCCCUGGCUCAAGUGUUUGGCCGCCCACGUCUGCGCUAUGAGGUGGACACAGUGCUUCGCUACCGGUGCCGGGAGGGACUGGCCCAGCGAAACCUGCCACUGAUCCGGUGCCAGGACAACGGUCAUUGGGAGUCUCCCCAGAUCUCCUGCGUGCCCCGAAGGCCUGCCCGAGCUCUGCACCCUGUGGAGGCCCCAGAAGGACGUCAGGGGAGGCUACUGGGGCACUGGAAGGCACUGUUGACCCUUCCUUCCCACCCCACUCCAGGUCCCUAGGGGGCAAGACCUUGAACACGACUGGCCCCAGCACUGCCCUCUCAACCCCAACCCUUCCUCACAUCUUAUGCUCCUGCUACCACAGGAAGUGACAACCUGAGAGGGGUGGCGCUGGAGUCCAGGUGAUAGUGCCUGGGCAACUUCUGGGAAAUACCCUGGGGUCCAGCCCUCCCCCCUAACCUGGACAUCAGGUUUUUCCCUCAGGGCAAUGAGUAAUUCCCUAAGUGCCUCAACUACCCUCUUCCUGCCAGCCAUCCUGUCCCCUUCAUUCCUCUAGGAGUACUCUGUGCCCACUUAUUCUUGAUUUUCCAAGGGAAUGGGCUGAUAGGAUGGAGUACCUGUAAAACCAGCAAGAAAUAAACUGUGUGUGAGCCCAA